GCGACCCAGUGUUGUUGUGGUGCCAGCAAGUGGUGGUUCACGUCCCUCGCUCCUGCUAAUUUCUGCUUGUUAAAGAUUCUCCAAGACUGAGGAAGAUUAUCAAAACAUGGAAUCAACCACGAGUAGUGGAAAAGACUAUGACUAUCUUAUCAAGUUCCUGGCACUGGGGGACUCUGGAGUGGGUAAAACCAGUUUUCUGUACCAGUACACAGAAAAUGUCUUCCAGCAGCAGUUCAUCUCCACUGUCGGUAUUGACUUUCGAGAAAAGCGCCUGAUUUAUCGUGGAGAUGGUACAGGUCGACCACAGGGCGUUCAUCUCCAGUUGUGGGAUACUGCAGGGCAGGAAAAGUUUCGUAGCUUAACUACAGCAUUUUAUCGGGAUGCCAUGGGCUUCCUUCUACUGUUUGAUUUGACUAAUGAACAGUCGUUCCUCGAUAUUAGAAGUUGGCUGGAGCAGCUCAAGACCCAUGCAUACUGUGAAAAUCCCGACAUAAUUCUAUGUGGGAAUAAAGUGGACAUGGCAGAUCAACGAGUGGUGUCAGAGCAGCGAGCUAAAGAGGUUUCUGAGAAGUUUGGAUUCCAAUAUAUCGAGACUUCUGCUGCAACAGGACAAAAUGUUGAAAAUGCUGUGAAUCACCUGCUCAAUGCUGUUAUGAAACGUAUGGAGGUGGCAGUAGAUUCUAGUCGCCUGCCAGGAAGGAGGGGCCGCUCGAAGGGAUUCCUUAUGAACGAAGAUGACGAGGCUGAGGAAGGAGGCAGUCAGUGCUCCUGCUAAUUCACUGACAAAGGUCUGACAGCAUGAUUUCAAAUCAGGUACUUAUCAAACUAGUCAUUUGGGUUUCAUCUCAGUUUCAAGAUGCUUCUUAGUUUUAGAAUUCAUAAACAGUACAGUACAUGUAAUUAGAUUAUCCUUAGUGAUAAAUAAUUUGUUACUACAAAUGUAUCAUGUUUAAAAAAAAAAAAUUUGGGG